UUUUAAUUUAAGUCAAAUAUUUUAGAUUUUGGAGAUUGAAUUACGACUGAUUGAAUUUUAAAGAUAUUAAUAAAAGAAAUACAAAAUUUCAUUUAAACGGAUAAUGCAGCAACGAAUGAAGCAAUGACUAUUCUACAGUGUGUGUCUGAUGCAUGUAUAUUAUAAAGAGAUUGCUUCACAAAGUGUGCUGUCAAUAAAUGUAUUCAAUGGCGUUGGUACCGGUGAGGGCCAAGUAUAUCAACUUGUCAUCCGACUAUUCACCGAGACUGAAUAUAGAAACUGUUGUACAGGAUAUGCAAGUGUUUUAUCCUAAACAUGUAUUAGAUGCUGCUAAAUACGAGUACAUUGACCUCCUAAAGACGGAGAACCUCCUCCAUACAAAGUACCCGGAACAGUUUCGAAGCCUGGUUAAGAAUGAUGAUAAAGUUUAUGUCAGCGAAGCGCAGUUCCCAACUCUGUCUGUCAGCAAACUGUAUCAAGUUUUGAAAACAGCCGAGAGACACCGAAGAUCAGCAUGGAGAAACGCAAUGCUUGAAUUUAUAUCACUGCAACGUAUACAAAAACUGUAUGUUCAACUUGAGGGGGACAAUAAACAUUUAAAGAAAAACCGUCAAAAUCCAGAAAGAGUGAAAAUAGGUCUAAUAGGAAGAUUAACUCCAACAACACCACCAAAGUCUCCAAAUAUGAUAGUCACUGCAAGAUCUCAGAAAUCUCCAUUAUACAUAAGAAAGGAUGGAUUUGUUUCUGCGGAUGAAUAUGAUGAAAUGAGGCUGGAACUAACAAAGCGGGACAAUGCAAUUCAAGAGUUAACAAGCAGGGUCAGCGCCUUAGCCAAUCAGCAUAUCUAUGACGGGUUCCCUACAUUCAAGUACGCCAAUGAAACAGUCAAUUCUACCAACAUUGCUGAAAAAUUUGCUCUUGUGUUUGAAAACGAAUGGAAGGCAGCAUACGAGGAUUUGGCAGACAGAGGCUACCACGAUGAAGAAAUUGUAUAUAAGUUGAUGAGAGUUAUAAGAGUAUGUUUUAGUAUAUUUAUCUUUCUCUCGUUUAACUUAUUGAUGAUAGAACUCGUGUCACAUGAACCAUAA